UUCACUUCCUCUGAAAACCAACAUGGCGGAACUGCUGCUUGAUUCCAACAUUAGAGUUUGGGUUUUCUUGCCUAUAGUUUUAAUCACAUUUCUGAUUGGUAUAAUUAGACAUUAUGUCACAAUAUUAAUAUCCUCAGAAAAGAAGUCCGAAUUACAGCAAGUAUCUGACAGCCAUGCACUCAUCAGAAGCAGAAUACUGAGAGAAAAUGGAAAAUAUAUACCAAAACAGUCAUUCUUGGUUCGUAAGAAUUUCUUCAACAAUGCUGAAAAGGGAUUCUUCAAGACAGAAAAGAGGGAAGCUCAAGUCAAGAAUCCAAUGACAGACCCAACAAUGAUGACAGACAUGAUGAAAGGCAACAUCACCAAUGUUCUUCCAAUGAUCGUCAUUGGGGGAUGGAUCAACUGGGCUUUUUCAGGAUUCUUGACCACAAAGGUGCCCUUCCCUCUGACACUUAGAUUUAAGCCAAUGUUACAGCGAGGAGUAGAGCUGGCCUCUCUCGAUGCUUCAUGGGUAAGCUCGGCCUCGUGGUAUUUCCUCAAUGUGUUUGGUCUGAGGAGCAUGUACACCCUUAUACUGGGUCAAGACAAUGCUGCUGACCAGACGAGAGUGAUGCAAGAACAAAUGUCGGGGUCGGCCAUGAUGGCCCCUCCAGACCCCAUGAAGGCCUUCAAGGCUGAGUGGGAGGCUCUAGAAGUGUGUACCCACGAGUGGAUGCUGGAAGGAGCGGAGGAGGAGCUCACCGGAGGCAUCAUCCAACCAGAAACUAUUUACAUCAAAAACAAAUUUGCAUAAUUAUUAUUGAACUAUGUAUUUAUGUGUCAUAUAUUUUGUUCCUAAAUUCAUUUAUUUCUGAAAUUCUCACACCAUACUAAAGACAUGUUUGUACCAUUUGUUCAGUGUACAGAGAAACAAAUAUGAAGCCAUGAACUUGAUGUGGAAGUUAAUGUCCUUGCGUUAUUUUUGUGCUGCAUCCGCCUUGCGUUCCUUGUCAUACAUCUCUCCCCAUAGCUAGGGAACAGGUGCCCCAGUCAUACAAGUCACUGGGGGUAUACUUGGAAUGUUGCAGACUGUUGAGGUGCCACAGUUUGUUGUGCACAUGUUCAUCUCUUUAGGGUGCCAGAAACAUUAUUGUGGUUAGAAACCAAGAUUCACUCUGAUAACAUGUUUUGUUUUGUCAGUACCAUGCCGUACUUGUGCAUUCACCAAAGUGGUAAACAUGUAAGACAUAGAUCAUUUUGUGCUUCCUUCCACAGCAAGCAGACAUGCAGUUAGUGUUUCCCUGAGGCAUUUUUAGCAUGGUGCAGCCCUGCCCUUCUUUUUAAUACAAUAAUUGAUAUUAGCACCUAAUGGGUUUUAGUUUCUAUUUCAUGGUGAACUUGAGUGAAAUAACUAUGCUCUUUGGGCCUUUAACAAUCAUAUGCAUCUGUAACUUCACAUAAUCCUUGGAAAUCUGCCAUUGCAUGGCCCUUUUGGAAUAAAUGUGCCCCUUUUGAAAUUCUGUCGCCCAGAAUUUUGGAUCCUGGGGGAAACACUAGCAGUGAUGUUACUGAGAUACUGUUCAUACUUUAAUCAUGCACAGUUAUACUGUAGGUAUGUGUGGGAAUCUGGAGUUCAGCUGCUCUAAAUCCGUGUGUAUCUUCAUCACUCAUCCUAAAUCAACAUCUCAGUUCUUCGCUCAAGAGGAGUGAAAGGAAUAAUCUGUUAUGGAGAAGGAAUUCUCUGGUGUUUUCCUUGUUCUUACAGGGAAAUUCAUGUCAGUUUGGAAUGUCAUGCAUUGUUAUGUUUGUGGAUGGAGAGUGAUGUUUGUUGUCCAUGUUUGUAUCCUUACUCAGACUUCCGGAAUGGAAAGAAAAGUGUGACUGUCAGGAGAUGAGCACAUUUUUCCUUUUGUGUAAUAAAAGUUCUCAAAAAGG